GCAAAUGUACGCGCUACAACUCGUCGAGAGCAUCUUGCACUAGACCACCGGGUUGAGCCACAGCUAUACAGAAGCUCACAGAUGUCCGACAAGCUGCCAUCCGCAAGUCCAACUUCCGCUAAUGCCAGCCCUCGCGGAACUUUGACAGAUGUUCUGACGAAACUUGUGCACGGCUCUGCGCCGUUUAUAUCUACAUUUUUGCUCAUCCAUCUCUCUGCCUCUGCCCUGGCGAGUCUCGGAGGCUCUUCUCUAUCCUCGCAAGUCAUGGUAAGCACCUCUAACCCGUCCGAAUUCCUACGGCCAAUAACAUGCAUUCAGAUAUUAGGACGAGAAUACUACCAGACCUCGUUCGGGGAGACGUAUCUUCUAUAUACUCCCUUGAUGAUUCACUCGACGUCCGGCCUCGCCAAACGCUUGCUCGCACCGCGGACCGCUCGCAAGUUGAGCAGCCUCUUCGCGCUCGCGGGCUAUUCCAGCAUGUUUUUCCUCCUCCCGAUCCACUACCUCGCCCACCGCGAGUACCCCGCAGACCCGUCACCGCCGAUCUAUUCCUUCGGCCCCUCAGAACUCGACUUCGAGUACGUCAAAUACGGGCUGCAAGCCUGGCCAUGGCGGAGCUGGCUUCUGUACACCGGGCUCGUUGCCGCCGUCGCUUGGCAUGCCACCGAGGGCAUGCAGAUUAUCUGGAACACGUACUUCAGGGAAAAGCUUGGCGGGUGGAGGAGCACUUCUAAGUCUCACUUACUGAAUGCCGCCGUUAUCGUCGUGCCAGUCUUGGCUGGCAUCUUUGUCAUGGCAAGGGAGCCUUCGUUCGCAUCCUCGUCUUUCAUCCCACGUUAUGAGGCUGCUCUUCGUCAGUGCUGGGUGUACCGGGUUUAGCCACAGCUACUGUUCUUGUUCGCUCCUGCUAAUUCUCGUAUGCUCCGAACUAAGGUCUUUGUUGCCACUAGAUUCGUAUAUUUACUACUAGACAACAGUGCCAUGCGCCUCAUUGGAACAGAAUUCAGAUUCUCCUGUCAAUCCUUCGGGCCUACUCAAUAGCGUAAGUUCUGUCCCUUCUUCAUCCGCCGCAGUUGCCGAGUUUGCCCCGGCAAAUGACAGUUCCCCUCCAGCGACUACAGUGCCAUCAAGGCCCCACUCAGUGAUCCCGUGCAGCUGUGCAUCGCGAUCAUGAAGAUUGAGGAUACAUCUUGACAUCAUGGUUACAGAGAUGCUAUUGUUGAUUAAUUAGACUUCUACACUUGCGACGUCAGCGCAAGAUGGUACACACCUGCUGGCAAGCGUGGAUAGAAUGCCUUUCAGAACGGGCUAUCUCGGGAGUGCAAAUACUGAGCUUGCUGUUGAACACGAUGGACUGGAGGUGAACACAUACCGACAACGUCUUCAGCGGUUGUCAGCAACAUCGUACUAUACUUGCGGAGAACGAAAAGCUCACAUAGAAAGUUAGUACGUUAGCACACUGGGCACAUGCCAUGACGCUGCGAGAUAAUAUGAGAUACGAUGGUGUCGCCAGUGUUUGCACAACGAGACUUACGCAAAAUACAACACUCCUGUGUAAGAUUGCGAUAGGUGUGAUCUGCACGUUGAAUGGAGACUAAGCACGUACCGUCGCGGUAUAUAAUUCCCACCAGGCUACUUCGUCCUGCAGCCGCAAGCUGAGAGCGCUCCUUGAAUGCUUUAACCAGAGUCAACAGAACUAUCAAGAGGUCGUAGGCAAACAGCGCUUCCCAUGCAGCGGCAAGACCUUUUGUCAGAGGUUCAGC